AAGUCGAAUAAAAACACAUUACAGUUGUUUACAUAUUGUUGUGGAGUUUGUCCUUGAUCUUGCUACAUUUGUUGAUAAAUAAGAUACCAAAAUGAGCGGAAAUCUUGUAAUUAACAAUAUAUUUAGUGAAUUUCAAAAAAGUCUCGAUGAAGAACAAGAAAUACGCGAGGUUAUCCGCAACAUCUGUAAAGAUGUUGAUUCCAUAUAUCGCGCUGUAACAACUAUACUUCAAGUAAUUCAUUACAAUGAGGAUGGCAUUGCUCCAGCUUGUCUUCAAGCGAGGGAGAUGUUUGAGAAGGCCAGGGCUGGAUAUGCCAAGCUGAAGGAUGCUGUACCACCCACUGAUUACUACAAAUACCAGGAUCAUUGGAGGUUCAUGACUCAACGCUUUUGCUAUUUGAUCUCUCUAACAAUUUGGCUUGAGAAAGGGAUAAUGGCCUCACAUGAAACAGUAGCCGAGAUACUUGGUAUCAGUGCAAUAGAAGAAAAAGAAGGUUUUCAUCUUGACAUUGAAGACUAUUUGGUUGGACUUUUGAAUUUGUGUUCCGAAUUGUCACGACUUGCUGUGAACUCUGUCACUCGUGGUGACUACAACAGACCACUGCAAAUAUCCAAAUUUGUGAUGGAACUUAAUGCAGGCUUCAGGUUACUGAAUCUCAAGAAUGACCAUUUGCGGAAGCGAUUCGACGCUCUGAAGUAUGAUGUGAAGAAAAUAGAGGAAGUGGUAUAUGACCUGAGCAUACGCGGCCUCCUGCCUAAGACUGAGCCUGAAGAAGUUGUUGCAGAAGCUUAGUUUAUAAAUAUUAUU